AUGAGAUCCCUCCCUUCCGGCACCGAAUUGGCUCUUUGCUCUCCCCUGGCGUGGCGCGGCGUGACGGCGUUUAUUCUGCUUCCUUACAUAUUUCAUCAACUUUCACCUUCAUGGGGCUGCUUUUUCAAACAUCAUGAGCUUUCUGCGUGCAUCGUCUCCUUAUUCGUUCAUUCCAAAGACCAAAAAGGAAAAAAAAACCAACAUCAUCUUACAUUCAGUCCUUUCGACCAAGCAUCCAGCGGGGACAAAAACAAACCCUUUACCAACUCGGAGACGGUCACGACUACAUUGUAUCUGAUGACGUUUUGA